GCAUACACUAUUGUAAUUAAACAGACUUAUGAAUAUUGGCAUAUUUUAAUGAAUGUUACUAUAUUGUUUACAUUUAAUAGGUCAACAAAAAUAGUUCAAAUUAAUCAGAUGGUGCAAAGAUGUAAAUUACAAGGGAUGACUGUAAUUAUAUUAAUAGUUAACCAUUAAAAUAAUUCAAUUUCCAAAGUGAAGGAUUGAAGGAUUUCUUAGAAUAUUUCAAAAUACAAAAACAAAUUUAAACCACCUCUGCAGUAAAAGUGAAACACCAUAAUUCAACACAAAAAUAAAAAUACACACAAGCUUUACAUAAUCAAACUUUCAUCCAUCUUCCAAAUGCCUAUCCUUAUCCCUGCCUGUACCUGUAGCAAAAGCACUAGACUGAUGUACAAUCUGGAUGGGAGUCCGGUAUCGUAUAAUCAGAAAACGAAAAAUCAAUGUUCCGUAAAAGACUGCUGUUCGUUUAACAGAAAAAGAAAAAGGUUAUCGUGUUAUUUUAGUUUCUGUCUCUAGGGGCGCCGUUAUCUUAAGUUGAAGUUCAAGUUUCUAUUCACUGGUCAUUAAAAAAGUCGUUGGCAAAUAUCAGCGCGGUCAAAUCACCGGAUUAUUAUACACAUCAUGGUUUUUCCCCAAACAAUUAUUAAUACCAAAAAGUAAAGGGAAAAGCGUUCUUGGUAACAUGAUUAAUUGGAGCAACAAUUUAAUGCAAUUACAAAGAACAUAUUGGCUGGAAUAGUAAACAUAAGCCUUGAAUUACCACCCAUGAAUACAGUAUUGUAGAAUGUUAUUUGUCGCAUUUAUUUUAAGCAGCGUGUUUUGCAUAUUACUUUUACAUGACAUAGGAUCUUAAGCAGGUGUUUUCUGUAUUAAAAUGUAAAAUACUUGAGAAACGCUGGAAUUAUCCGUAAGGUUUAGUGAAAUAAGAUGAUCCGAUAUAACAACGAUAGACAAAAUACGCUAUUACAAAAUACAUCAUCGAUAAGUGUAUUUUAACGGAUAAAUUAAAAAUCAAUAAAACCAUUAUAAGCAUAAAUCAAUAAUCUAUAAACGGCACUGAUUAGGUGCAGUAGCUGCGGUUUAUUUCUGAUGCAAUCAAUUAAAAAAACACACAGUAAACAACACGUGUAACAGUACACGAUUAAACCAUGUGUUCGUCUUCUGUUGGUUUGGAAGCGAUAUUGUGGUCACUGCCAAUAAAAUGCUAUAAUUAACAUAAACAGUUACAAAGAGACACUUGCCAGCGAUUAUCCCGGCGGCGGGGAGCGCGCGGUCUGCGCGAAGAAAGUCCAUUCCUUGUUUUACCGGUUUAAAAAAUUGCCGGCUCCCGUUCAAUAAUUCUAUUGCGCGGCGCUGUUCAAUACCACAGGUUCCUGUUCGAUAACUCCAUUCCGCGCCCCUGUUCAAUAAGCGAAGGGCGCGUUCGAUCGCUCCGCUCCGUGUUUUGCGCGCGCUCCCCCUCCUUUCCUCCGAACUCCGGCCCCUCGCUCUCUCUCUAUCAGCCUCUCACUCCGUCUCAAUAUGUCUCAAGAUGGCGGCCAAUGCUGGAUCGAUGUUUCAAUAUUGGAAGCGCUUUGAUUUACAGCAGCUGCAGCGAGAACUCGACGCCACCGCCACAGCGCUAGCCAACCGACAGGAUGAGAGCGAACAGUCUAGGAAAAAGCUCAUCGACCAGAGCCGCGAGUUCAAGAAAAACACCCCAGAGGAUCUGCGCAAGCAGGUAGCUCCACUGCUGAAGGGCUUCCAGGCUGAGAUCGACGCCUUGAGUAAGAGGAGUAAAGAGUCUGAAGCUGCCUUCUUGAACGUCUAUAAACGAUUAAUCGACGCCCCAGACCCCGCGCCGGCCCUGGAGGCGAGCCAGCAGCUGCAGCUCAAGGUGCAGAAGAUGCAUGACGUAGAAACGGAGAACCAGAAGCUGCGGCAGACUCUGGAGGAGUACGACAAAGAGUUUGCCGAGGUCAAGAACUAUGAGGUCACAAUCAAGGCGCUUAAGGAGAAGAUCCGGGAAUAUGAGCAGACUCUGAAGAGCAAGGCGGAGGACCUGGCUCAGGAGAAGGAGCAGCAGCUUCACAAUGACUAUGCAGAGAAGGAGAGGAAGCUGCAGGAGAGUCAGGAGUCCAUGGCUUCUAAGCUGGAGGAGGCCGACCGGAAGGCACAGGCACUACAGAAAGCACUUAAAGAAACUCAGGCUGAGCUCUCCGAACUGAAGACCAAGUACGACAAGGAGUCUGCAUUGAAGGUCAACGAGAUUAAGAUGGUGAUGGCCGACCUUGAGCGAGCCAAUCAGCGAUCUGAGGUGGCGGAGAGGGAGGCGGAGACGUUACGGGAGCAGCUCACGUCAGCCAACAAGUCCCUACAGCUGGCCACGCAGAUCCAGAAGGCUCCUGACAUGGAGCAGGCCCUGGAGGUGCUGUCACGCUCCAGUCUGGAGGUGGAGCUCAGCGCCAAGGAACGCGAGGUGGUGCAGCUGGUGGAAGACGUGCAACGGCUGCAGGCCAGCCUGAACAAGCUGCGGGAGACCUCGGCCAACCAGAUCACACAGCUGGAGCGGCAGCUCAGCGCCAAGAACUCCACCCUGAAGCAACUGGAGGAGAAGCUGCAGGAGCAGGCGGAUUAUGAGGAACUGAAGAAGGAGCUGAACAUCCUCAAGUCGAUGGAGUUCGGGCCAUCAGACAGCUCAGCAGCACAGGACUCCUCAAAGCCCUUGGAGGUGCUGCUGCAGGAGAAGAAGCGGAGCUUGCAGUCGGACAGCGCAUCUCUGCGACUGGCCAACAGCGAGCCCAGCGGGAAGAAAGGGAAAGAGGCCCCAGCAGAUAGCCAACAGCGCCUCCCUGUGGCCGCCGCUACUGCAAGUGGUCUGCAGGGCUCUCCCCCACCAACCUCCUCCCAGCUGCUUCUGCGGGCGGCAGCCUGCGAGGUGCCCUCCAGUGCCAACGGCGCGCACCCCUUCUCCCCCACGAGUAUCGGGCAGGACUUCUUCAGUCCGGCGGUGACGGGCACCGGGAAUGCCUUCUCGCUGGCAGCCGGCAAGGUGCCGUUGAACUCAUUGCUGCAGCGCCAGCUCAUGCAGACCUUCUACUCCAAAGCACUGCAGGACUCCUCUGGGGGGGGCGUGCUCUUCGGGGCGGGCCCCUAUGGCGCCGGGUCCCUCUCCGGCAGUCCUCUUCCUCAGCCGCCACACCAGUCCGCAGGCAGUCCCGACGUCAACGGCAUGGCACCAUCGCCCAGCCAGUCGGAGGGUGCGGGCAGCGUCUCGGAAGGUGAGGACAUGGACACAGCAGAAAUCGCACGCCAGGUCAAGGAGCAGCUGAUCAAGCACAACAUCGGCCAGCGCAUCUUUGGCCACUACGUGCUGGGCCUGUCUCAGGGCUCCGUCAGCGAGAUCCUGGCCCGGCCCAAGCCCUGGAACAAGCUCACCAUCCGGGGGAAGGAGCCCUUCCACAAGAUGCGGCAGUUCCUGUCCGAUGAGCAGAACAUCCUGGCACUGAGGAGCAUCCAGGGCCGGCAGCGAGAGAACCCAGGCCAGAACCUGAACAGAGUAUUUCAGGAGGUUCCGAAGCGAAGAGCCGGCUCCGAAGGCGCCUCGCGGCCAGGCAGCAUCACCACGCGGAUCCGCACCCCCGAGAGUGGCUCGGACGAGGCCAUCAAGUCCAUUUUGGAGCAGGCCAAGCGGGAGCUGCAGGUGCAGAAAGUGGUGGAGCCCUCCCAGGCCCCCCCAUCGUCCAGCGGGAGCGGCAGCAGCUCCGACGACACUAUCCGCUCGAUCCUGGAGCAGGCGCGGCGCGAGAUGGAGGCCCAGCAGGCGGCGCUGGAGCCCGUGUUGAAGGCGAGCUCGCUGUCCCCUGGCGACCUGUCGCUUCUCUCCCCCAAGCUGCUGGGGGUCUCGCCCCCCUACUCGCCCCUCGCCCUCUCCAUGAAGAAGCCGCCGCCAACCGCCACCGCCUGCUCUUCGCCUUCGCCGUUGCUCGACUUCUCUACCAUGAAGAAGGAGAAUGCCGAGCCACCCGUCCCGGAGGCUACCUCUGAGGGGGGGGGCCGGCAGGGCCGCAGCAGCGGUGCAGGGCCCUGGAGAGACCAAUGGUGGAGCACCAUGCACCCUGAGCGCCGUGGCAUGACCCCACUGCCGUCGGAGGAGAGCCGCGGGCAGGAGGACUCCAAGGAGAAGCCCUCCCGGCCGGCCGGCUCCGUGGCCGCGCCCUCCUGCUCCUCUUCCUCCCUGGACUACUGGAAGGACUGGCCGCGCGCCGACUCGCCCUAUUCGCAGGGUUCCGAGCCCAGCCUGCAGGGCCCCAGCCGCGGGGACACGCCCCAGAGCAGCCCCCUGCCCAGCUCGCCGCUGCUGGCCCCGGCUAAGGCCGCUAAGCCGGCUGUGCCGCCGCUCACGCCCGAGCAGUACGAGUUCUACAUGUACCAGGAGGUGGACACCGCCGGGCUCACACAGCAGGUCAAGGACAAGCUGGCCAAGAACGGCAUCUGCCAGCGCGUCUUUGGAGAAAAGGUGCUGGGCCUGUCCCAGGGCAGUGUGAGUGACAUGCUGUCCCGCCCAAAGCCCUGGAGCAAGCUGACCCAGAAGGGCAGGGAGCCGUUCAUCCGCAUGCAGCUGUGGCUCAACGGCGAGCUGGGGCACAGCGUGCUGCCGCUGCAAGGCCAGCUGCAAGAGAGCACGCCGAAGACCUCGGCCAGCUGCAGCCCCGCCCCUGAAUCGCCCCUGAGCUCCGCCGAAGAGUCCGUGAAGAGCCUGGGCGAGCCGGCCACCCAGCCCCCGGCCUCAGAGCCCAGCGACCCUCCCGAGUCUCUGGCUCCCGCGCCCCUGCCUGUCCCUGGCCACUCAGGCCUCAGCAUCCAGGAGAUGGUGGCCAUGUCCCCCGAGCUGGACACAUACGUCAUCACCAAAAAAGUCAAGGAGGUUCUGACCGACAACAACCUUGGGCAGCGCCUCUUCGGGGAGACCAUCCUGGGCCUGACGCAGGGCUCCGUGUCGGACCUGCUGGCUCGGCCCAAACCCUGGCACAAGCUGAGUCUGAAAGGUCGCGAGCCCUUCGUCCGCAUGCAGCUGUGGCUCAGCGAUCCACGCAACGUGGAGAAGCUCAUGGAUAUGAAGCGGCUGGAGAAGAAAGCCUACAUGAAGCGCCGCCACAGCUCGGUGAGCGAGAGCCAGUCCGUUGAGGCCGGGGGGGAAACAAGCCAGGGAAGCAGCCCCCAGCACCAGCAGCACCAGCUGAAGAAGCCCCGUGUGGUCCUGGCCCCCGAGGAGAAGGAGGCUCUGAAGCGGGCCUACCAGCAGAAGCCGUACCCCUCACCCAAAACCAUCGAGGAGCUGGCCAGCCAGCUGAACCUCAAGACCAGCACUGUCAUCAACUGGUUCCACAAUUACAGGUCCCGAAUCCGCCGUGAGCUCUUCAUUGAGGAGAUCCAGGCUGCCGCGGGAGAAGGGAGCUCCCCCUCAGCCCGUGGGGGCAAGGCAGGCGAGGGCGAUAGCUGCGAUGGUACCGAGUCAGACGGCACGGUGGAGGGUCGGCCCGGCCCAGCAUCGGGCUCGGAGGAGUACAGGGGAGUCUCCGAGGGCGGCGGGGCCGACCCGGGGGAGGCUAGAGAGGAGGCAAGCGCAGAGGUGCCCUCUGGUACCCUUGCUUCUCAGGACAUUCCUACCUCAGCCCUCAGCCCACCUGGCACUAGCAGCCACAAGGGCGGCGCCAUCGGCAGCUUGUUCAGCUUCCCCGAGACGGCGCCCCCAGGCACUAGAAACCCCAGGGACAGCAGUUUACGGAAGAAGAAGGCUGCCAACCUCAACAACAUCAUCCAUCGGCUGGAGAAGGCGGCCAGCCGCGAGGAGCCCUCCGAGUGGGAGUUCUGAAGCCCCUCUGGCGGGGGCAGGGGGGAGGGUAACUUUUUUUUUUUUUUUAAGUUAAUUCUUACCUGGACUGCAGAGCCAUGGCCAAGCCUGGUACAGCGCAGCGGGAAAGCUGGCAUGUUAUAGAUUUUCUUUUUCGGAGAGGAAGAAAGGAAGGGAGGUAUGAACGGGACAAAAAAAAUAAAUCAAACUCCUCGGUGUGGUUCUGUUGAGAAAAGCACUUAAAAGCCCUGCUGGCCACAGGGCAGAAGCAUCCCCGGCCAAUGGUGCGACACGGUGCAGACAGGAGCUUUCACUUCCAGGAGACUGCGCAGCUUCGAGCAGGGGAGCAGGGGAAGGAAGCUGUGUCUGUCUGUCCAACUGCUUUUCCUCCGAGAGGUUACUGCGCCACGCAGGAGCGUUUCCGACCGCGCCCCUCCAGUGAGCCCCCCCACCACCACCUGACCCACACAUGACGGAACUUAAGAACUGUUACAUUACCCCCCCUCCCCAUCACGUCUGUCGUGAUGUUUUUCUCGUCUCCCUCCUCAUGUCGUGUAUAUGUUUUACUGUCCAGUACGAAGACUGAAAAAAGCCAAGCACUUACAAACAGCACCCCCGCCCCCCCUUACGACGGUUCCUUGCUCACCAAGCCGCCAUUUAAUGGCUAUGGAUUUCCGUCAGACUAUGGACUACUUUGGAAAGAAUUUUUUUUUUUUUUUUAGAGGCUUUUUUUUUUUCCAUCAAAAAUUUUUUAUAGCAAUUUGGUUGCCACUAAGAGAUUGCACAGUCUGUCGACUCUAAACAGUACUAGUUUGGAAUCCUAGCUAUUUUGAGAGACGAAAAAAAAAACAACAGAUACUCUGGUUUUAAAAGGAAUAAUGAGAUAUCACUUUAAUUCACAGAUUUUUUUAACUCAAAAAUAAUGUUCAUCAGGAAAAACAAAUAAUGAGUAAAAAUGUGGUGGUAGCUGG